CACCUCGCGCCUCAUUGGCCACCCCUCGACUUCUUGGUCUUGUGUGUGUGUUAGGACUUCCGAAGUAUACCUUGAUAAGAGACUUCACCCUCCCACAGUCUCUACCCCCUUUCUCCCUCUCUUUGCAUCCGGAACAUUCUGCCGUUGCUCAAUUCGACGACAAUCACCUCCCUCGUCCGUUGACGACAACACCCGCGAGUCUGCAGUCAAGAUGACGCUCAAGAAGCCCACGGCCAGCACUCCCGCCCCGGGCGUGCCCUAUUACACGCCGGCGCAGAACCCGCCCGCCGGCACUGCCCUGGACACGGGCGCACAGGUGCCGACGCUCUUCACCCCGCUCAAGCUCCGGGACCUCACGCUGCAGAACCGGUUCGCCGUGAGCCCCAUGUGCACGUACUCGGCCGACGACGGCCACCUGACCGACUGGCACCUCGUCCACCUCGGCGCCUUUGCCCUGCGCGGCGCCGCCCUGACAAUCGUCGAGGCCACCGCCGUGACCCCGAACGGCCGGAUCUCGCCCGAGGAUUCCGGGCUGUGGCAGGACAGCCAGAUCGCCCCGCUGAGGCGCAUCGCCGACUUUGUCCACUCGCAGGGCCACAAGAUCGCCGUCCAGCUGGCCCACGCCGGCCGCAAGGGCAGCACCCUCGGCCCCUGGCACGUCGUCCCCGGCCGCCACGAGGUCGCCACGCCCGACGUCGGCGGCUGGCCCGACAACCUCUGGGCCCCGAGCGCCAUCCCCUGGGACGAGGGCUACCCGACCCCCAAGGAGAUAACCGUCGCCGAGAUCGAGAGCCUCGUCCGGGCCUUCGCCGACGCCGCCAGGCGCGCCGUCCAGGCGGGCGUCGAUGCCAUUGAGAUCCACGCCGCCCACGGCUAUCUCAUCUCCGAGUUCCUCUCGCCCAUCAGCAACGUACAACGCACCGACGAAUACGGCGGCUCCUUCGAGAACCGCGUGCGCAUCCUCCUGGACGUGGUGCGCGCCGUGCGGGCCGCGAUCCCCGAGGGGAUGCCGCUGCUGGUGCGCAUCUCGGCGACCGAGUGGAUGGAGUACACGGGCGGGCCGUCGUGGGACCUGGCGCAGAGCAAGCGGCUGGCCCCGCUGCUGGCCGACCUGGGGGUCGACCUGCUCGACGUCAGCUCGGGCGGCAACAACCCGCGGCAGAAGAUCGAGCUGCACCCGUACUUCCAGAUCGACAUGGCGGCCGAGAUCCGCGCCGAGCUGCGCCGCGCCGGCAGGUCGUCCAUGGCCAUCGGCGCCGUCGGGCUCGUCACCAACGCCGAGAUGGCCCGCAGCGUCGUGCAGGCGGACGGCUCCCUCGCCGGCCGCCAGGACGGCACCGUCGAGGUCGACGGCGAGCACGGCACCAAGACCAAGGCCGACCUCGUCCUCGUCGCCCGCCAGUUCCUCAGGGAGCCCGAGUUCGUCCUCAAGACGGCCGCCCUCCUGGGCGUCAACGUGCAGGGGCCGGUGCAGUACCACCGUGCCCCGCUGAAGAAGGAGCACCUGUAAAGAGAGACAUUGGAGGGUGAAGCAUGCUUGCAUCUACGGGCGUUGGCGGUUAUUUUUUUUUUUUUCUUUUUUUUUCCUGCGGAGGGCAACCUUAGAGAGAAACGUUUCGAUCUGCCUUCUUAGACUAGCAAGCGCGCUAAUUACAUAGAAAUUUUCAGCUUAGCAAUAUGUUUCUUU